GGUAAAAGGCAGGGAUAUUGUGUGUGAGCCAGCUGACAGCAGUGAAAACAACAACAUUAAACAGUCAUCCUCAGCAGAGGAGAAAUACCCUAUUCUUCGCACAGCAGUUUACAGAGCAAGCAGAGAAAGAAAACACAAAGCAAGGAUAAGAGAGGAAGGCAUUUGUUUUGGAAAUGUACUCACAAGAAUACAUAAGGAGGGAAGAGAACAAUCUGUUUGUCAGCCUACUAGCAUUUCAGAGCAUGAGACAAAGUUAAAAAGCAGCACAACAAAACCAACAUCCUUAAUGUCAAAGAUUACAGAUAAUGUUAGAAAGACUGAAAUGCAAACAGCAGUAUUGGAACCAAGUUGCCAUAAAAAGACUCGUGAGCAACCAGAAGUUGAAAGACCUUCUAAAAAGCCCUUCAGAACCAAAGUUUGUUCUUAUGAUAGAACAGAAGCAAUUGAUGAUGAUGCUGUAACACAUAUCUUGAGGCUUCGAAGCAAACUUGGCUGGCAAACAAAUGUGCAGUCAUCUGAAUUGUUACCUGGAGAGGCUGAUGUGGCCAGAUUUCAGAAGUUCACACUUAAGACACCUCUAGUGCUAGAAGAUAGUGGGGAAUAUAUAUAUUGUCUUCAACGAAACAGGAACAACUUUAAAGCUCCCUACAACCCGUACGAUUUACAGGUUGUCUCUGUGAAUACAGCUAUGCAUAGCAAAAUAUAUUGGACUGUUUCAGCUUCGUAUGUGUCUAAGUUUUCUGCAGACCCUAAAUUAGGACAGAUGGAAAUAACAGCAGUGCCACGGUGGCUGCAUGAAAGACAGAUGUAUUAUAAGUUACACAAUGUGAAAUUCAUUUCCAGUUUCAAAAUGAAGAAGUACUUUCUAGUCUGGAAAAUCGGUGUUAGAAGCAAGAUGGACAAGACCAAGUCAGCUUGAAUGUAGGAUUGUCAUGGGAAGAGAAUAAAGAAUACUUCAUCCCCUGCUA